CUUAACGCGACUCCCGCUUUCGUAAUUGAACGACGCACGCUCAAGCUCCGCGCAUGCCAUUCACUUCAACCAGGUUGUAACACCUUGACAAGCUCGUCUGGCGCAAACUCUGCAAGACUCCUUGAAAUGUUUUGCUUCUGCAAACUUCUGUGAACAACUGCUUCACAUCGAACAUGCCGCGAGCCAGGAAACGAGCUUCAAGCGUGGAAGCGGUCGAGGAGGUUGCAGCACCGGAGAUUCAGGAAGAGGAGGAAGAAGGUGGCCAGCGACUGGAGUUCGACCAGCCAUUAACAUGGCGCCCAGGAAAGCAGAUCCCAGUCACCGAACUGCUAUCGCGGCUCAGGACCCUCGCGGAAGAGUUGGAAUCCAUCGAACAAGAAGAUGCGCACCGUGCGACACUGGUUCCAAAAGCACAGGAGCUCGCCAGUGAGCAGCUCAUCGGACACAAAGACAAGGGAGUCAGAGCAUACGCCAUGCUAUGCAUCGUGGAGAUGUUCAGAUUGCUGGCGCCGGAUGCACCUUACAAGAAGAGCCAGCUGAGGGAGAUCUUCACCCUCUUCACUUCUACCAUUGUCCCUGCUCUCGCCGACCCCUCCGACUCGUUCAACCAGCAGCACAAUGCCAUCUUGACGUCGCUCACUACGGUCAAGAGCAUCAUUCUCUUGACGGACAUUACUGGAUCGGACAAACUCAUGCUCGACCUCUUCACCAAUUGUUUCGACGUGCUGUCAGGAGUGGCACGGGGAGGCACGGCAGAGAAGCUGCCAAAGAACCUGGAAUACAGUAUGACGAGCAUGCUAUGCACACUGGUGGACGAAAGUACAGCCCUACCGUCCGGUGUCGUGGACAUUAUCCUCGCACAAUUCCUUCGUGCAGACCCGAACUCAAUGUCGGCCACGACGAAAAAGGGAGAGAGUAAGGCCGCGCAGGCCCCCCUCGAGCUCCCUCCCGCUUACAACAUGGCUCUCUCUGUGUGCAACACUUGUGCCGACAAGAUGAAUCGAUAUGUUGGACAGUACUUUGGCUCGGUGCUGAUCGAUGCAUCCGAGACCGUGGCGACUACGAAAGUGGGCAAGUCGAGAGGGAAGAAGCGGACACACGACGAGAGCGAUGACGAGUCAAUCGACGGCAUGCUUACUCCACCUGCGGAAAACGACUUGCUUGAAGUUGAGAAGGCGCAUCGACUUUUGCGGGAAUUAUGGCGCUCCUCUCCCGACGUCAUCCAGAAUGUUGUCCCUCAGAUCGAAGCGGAAAUCGAGGCCGAGAGUCCACAGCUCAGAAUGAUGGCUGUUCAGACUGUCGGAGACAUGAUUGCGGGAAUUGGAGCCGCUGGGCCGCCAUCACCCGCGGUGCUGGAUCCUGCAGCUUAUCCACCGCAAAGACUUGAGGAUUACGCCUCAAGGUCACAACCGCAGAACCCUCUUCUGCAGCCGCGAGCCCCUCACGCCUUCUCUUCCGUAUACUCAACGACAUACCAGCGAUUCGUUGAACGACACAAAGACAAGUCUGCGCUAGUUCGAAGUGCCUGGGUCUCCGCAGCCGGCCGCAUUCUUGCUACCUCUGGCGGCGGCAAGGGCUUGGAUGAUGAUCAAGAAAAGGCACUUCUGGACUGCAUAGCCAGACUCCACAUGGACAACGACGAGCGUGUUCGCCUUGCGGCUGUACAAAGUGUCGAGCUAUUCGACUUCCAUGCCAUCAUCCAAAAGAUUGGCAAGAGUGGUGGCGUGAAGACGAGCGGCUCAAUCCUGUGCAACCUCGCAGACCGGAUGAAAGAUACCAAGCAGCAAGUACACACAACGGCUAUGGUAUUGCUCGCACGUAUCUGGGGCGUGGCCGCCGGAGCAAUUGCAGAGGGGGAUCCCAGUGUCCACGAGCUGCUAGGCGGGAUACCAUCCAAGAUCUUUGAGGCGAUGUACGUCAACAAAAAGGAGAUCAACGCCACCGUUCUGCAAGUGCUGUUUGACUGCCUCUUACCGGUGUCAUACCCUCCUAUCAAGGCAAAGCAGGAAGACCCUCAACGCUCUAGUGCAAGUCAACGUGAAGCCGCCGACACUCCGAAUCCUGACGCCCUCCGUGCGGAACGAAUCUUGGUCUUCAUUCGCGACCUCGAAGACCGUGCCAAAGUUGUGUUCUUCCGAUUGCAGCAGAGGCGACCAGCCAUGGCAAAGUACGUUGAAUCGUAUCUGAAAGCAUGCGAGGCGGUGAACAGUGGGGAAAAGGAUGGUGAAGGCAAGAGCGCCAAAAAGGAUCUCGACAAGAUGAUCGCCGUCCUCGUGGACUCCUACCCAGAUGCUGCCCUUGCCACAGAGCACUUGAAGAAGUUUGCGAAGCACCACGAUCGCAGGAGCUACCAACUCAUCCGUUUCUGCUUAGAUCCUGCCAGCGACUACCGCAAGGUCGUUCGAUCGAUGAAGGAGCUGACGAAUCGAUUCAACGAGGCCCCAAGCGCCAUGUCUGGUGUGCGGGAUACGAUCUUGCCCCUGGUGCGCUCUGCGGCCAUUCUGGUGUACAACCGAAGCCAUGUGCCAGCCAUCGCGGAGAUCUCUCGUACAGAUGAAAGGGGCCUAGGCGCAGCAGCGCACGACGUGCUCAAGGAGAUCUCCACCCACGCCCCACAAGUCUUCCGAGUGCAUGUGCACGAGCUAUGUGAGUCGCUGAAGAAGCAGACCCCGCGUGCUGGAUCGGACGAUUCGGCCGCUGAGGAUACGCUCAAGGCAUGUGCUGGCUUCGCUCGGCGUUUCCCCGAAGGCCUGCCCAAAGACCGAGAGUUCUACAAGGCCAUGGUCGCGUUUGCUGCUCAUGGUCAAUCGCCGAAAGCUGCCAAGCACGCCGUCACGGUCAUCACGUCUUCUGCCGAUAAGAAGGAGAUGUACAUCAAGGAGAUCCAGACUGCGUGUAUUGACAACUUCACAUAUGGUGACGAUGGUUUUCUUGCAAGGCUGGCCAGCAUUGCUCAAUUAAAACUGCUUGCCAAUAAGGAGUACGCCGACCUGGACGACAGCAUCAUGGAUAUCGCUAUCCACCAAGUCUUGUUGCAUGACAGGACGAUUGCGACUGACGAAGACCUUGCAUGGUCAAAUGAUCUGGACGAGGACAUCUCCGCGAAGCUGUGGGCGCUGAAGAUACUGGUCAAUGGUCUACGUGGGAUGGACGUCGCCAAUGAGAGUACAGAGGCGCAAGAAGCCACGAAGGAGGCGGCUGACAAAGUGUACAAACUCCUGAACACGCUGAUCAGGGAUGGCGGUGAGCUGUCCAAAUCCGCCACAACUCCGACCCACCACAAAGCGCAAUUGCGUCUCGCGGCUGCCAUUCAGCUCCUCAAACUGUCCUGCAACCAUAAGCUCGAUCACUUCCUCACUCCUGCGGAUUUCAACCGGCUUUCGUCGCUAGCACAGGACAGCACGUCGGAGAUCCGAGCGGGGUUCGUCAGAGCUUUGAAGAGAUAUCUCGGUACGGGUGUGCUGCCGAAUCGUUUCUAUGCACUUGCCUUUUUGUACGCCUUCGAGCCGACCAAGGAGACCAUGCAAUCUACUGUGACGUGGCUGAAGUCGCGAGCGGCUCUGUCGGCCAAGUUGAACGACGGCGUCAUCGAGGGCGUCUUUGUCCGCCUGCUGAGCCUGCUCGCCCACCACCCAGACUUCAGUCGGAAGCCAGAGGAGCUUGAGGAUUUUCUUGAAUACAUCAUGUUCUAUCUCAAGAACGUGGCCACGCAGGCGAUGCUGCCGACGCUGUACGGCAUCGCUCAGCGCCUGAAGCAAGUGCAGGACGGCAUUGACCCGGAGAAGAGCGAGAACCUGUACGUCAUCUCUGACCUGGCGGAGGCGAUUAUUCGCCAUUUCGCCGAGCUCAAAGGUUGGUCGCUGCAGGUCACCUCUGGUCGAAUCAUGCUCCCGAGUGGAUUGUUCCGCAGGCUGGCUGGACACACUGUCGCGCAGGAUAUCGCGUCGACGCGAUACCUUCCCGACGAGCUGGCGGAGAAUCUGGAGGACCUGGUGAAGAACAGUUUGAGGCCGAAGAAGAGGAAGUCGGAUGCAACGUCUGCGCGGCCGGCGAAGAAGCCGAAGACUGCCAGUGCGAAUGGAGAGCGGAAGAAAGCUGGGGUCAGAAAGGUAUCGAAGGCGAGUCAGGCUGUGAAGAAGAUAGAGAAUGAGGGAGAGCGCAGGAAGAGUAAUCGCGCUUCUUCUGCGAAGAACUAUGCCGAGGAUGAGGACAGCGAGGGGGAUGACGAGGAGGUGCAAGAGGAGGCUAGUUCGCCGCCGCAGCGAGAAACAUCCGCAGCGGCACCCGCGGAUGACGACGCGGUCUCUGCGGCUUCACCUGCACCCCAGCCGGCGGCGAAGAAGGGGAAAGCGAAGGGGCCUACGAAGUCUGUGCCGUUGAGGUCUCUGAAGCAGACGCCUACGAAAAAUGGUCGGGCAACGAGGGCGAGGGAGAAGGACAUUAUGGAUGUGCCUAGUGAUAGCGAGUGAUGGAAUGCUUGCAGUAUGAAGUGUGGAUUGCAUGCAUAUGUGUGAUGGGGAGAGCAAUGAAAUGCUGUGCACGUGACCACCUUCAUCUUGUCGCUAAAGUCCCCACUUCAACUUUCGACGCGGAAGAUGUUC